CUUUGAACCGGUGUCAACAAACAACAACAACAAUAUUUUCGUCCUGGCUACACCGCCGUGGCAACUACAUUUCCAAAACCCCCAAAUACUAGCGGAUAAAAGUGGUGAAAACGAGAAACUGACUAUUUUUUAACCAACAAUCCCCUUUUUCUUCUUUUGUUGUCGUCAGAAUUGACUCCUCAGAGGGCUGUGGUAGUCCCGGGACACUGCUUGGUUUUAGCCCGGGUGCGGCUAACCCUAACCGAGCCUAACCUUCCAGGAAGCUUUUCACGGCGGCAAAGCGGUUUCAACGACGUCUUAACUCCGUGUUGGAGCAGCAGCCUCUUCGUUAGGAGGAGGUAUCUGUACUCACUGGGCUGGUGGAGGUAUGACUGCGUUGGCGGGGUCAAUACCCAGGAUGAUGCGACCCACGCUGGCUCAGAACUACCCCCGCAGUGGCUUCCCACUGGAAGUGUCUACUCCGUUGGGUCAAGGCCGAGUGAACCAGCUCGGAGGAGUUUUCAUAAAUGGCAGACCUUUGCCCAACCACAUCCGACAUAAGAUCGUGGAGAUGGCCCACCACGGCAUCAGGCCGUGCGUCAUCUCUCGACAGCUCCGGGUCUCACACGGCUGCGUGUCCAAAAUCCUGUGCAGGUACCAGGAGACGGGUUCCAUCAGACCCGGGGCCAUCGGUGGCAGCAAACCCAAGCAGGGAACGACGCCGGACGUAGAGAAGAGAAUAGAAGAAUACAAGCGGGAAAACCCGGGUAUGUUUAGCUGGGAGAUUCGGGAUAAAUUACUGAAGGAUGGGAUAUGUGACCGCAACAACGUUCCUUCAGUGAGCUCCAUCAGUCGCAUCAUGCGGAGUAAGUUCGGGGGGAAAGGCGAUGAAGAGGAGGAUGAGGAUGAAAUCGAGAAGAAAGAGUUGGAGGACAACGAGCGCAGGGCCAAACACAGCAUUGAAGGCAUCUUAGGAGACAGAUCGAGUCACUCAGACGAGGGUUCGGAUGUGGAGUCGGAGCCUGAUCUGCCGCUGAAAAGGAAACAGCGGCGCAGUCGGACCACCUUCACAGCAGAGCAGCUGGAAGAGCUGGAGAGGGCCUUCGAGAGAACCCACUACCCUGACAUCUACACCAGGGAGGAGCUCGCCCAGAGGGCCAAACUCACCGAGGCCAGGGUGCAGGUAUGGUUCAGCAACAGGCGGGCAAGGUGGAGGAAGCAAGCAGGAGCCAAUCAACUGAUGGCAUUUAAUCACCUGAUCCCAGGGGGUUUCCCACCCUCAGCCAUGUCCAGCAUCCCACCCUACCAGCUCUCUGACAGCGCCUACCCCCCCUCAUCAAUAGCACAAGUCUCAGAGCCCCCCAGCACGGUGCACCGGCCCCAGCCUCUCCCUCCCUCCUCGGGCCACCAGGCCACCAGUGGUGGAGGACAGGGAGACGGAGGGUCGGCCUACUGCCUCGCCUCUGGACGCCACUCCUUCUCAGGAUACUCAGACAGCUUUGUGAGCCCCGGUGGACCGGCCAAUCCCAUGAACCCCGCCAUAGGAAACGGACUCUCCCCACAGGUGAUGGGUCUGCUGAACCCGGGUGGCGUGCCACAUCAGCCACAAAGCGACUACGCCAUCUCCCCUCUGACGGGCGGUCUCGAGCCCCCUGCUGGCAUGGCUGCCAGCUGCAGCCAGCGCAUGGAUCACAUCAAGGGUCUGGAGGGUCUGACCAGCGUUCCCUCCAUGUCAGCUCUGCCCUCCCUGCCCAGCUCCCAGUCCUACUGUCCCCCCUCCUACAGCUCACCAGGCUACACAGUCGACCACGUGGCGUCCUACCAGUACGGCCAGUACGGACAAAGUAAGGUGCCCUUUCUUAUCUGAGGCCUGAAAUCACCUGAUCAGAAGCUUCAGACUUCACAGAGGGACAUUUGUGUGUACAGCGGUGGAAAUCAUUCAUUAUCUGGACCAAAAUUUGCAUUUACCAGGACAUUCUCUACUGCAGGACAUUUCAUUAUUCAUUCUUGGUGGAGAAAUGGACAAAUAAAAGAAGGGACCACAAGAAGGAAUAUCAGACCAAAAACUGUUGAUUUACUGUGAACAUUGCUGCAUCAGUAUUGCAGAUGAAUGGCAGAGAUACCAGCGCUUAAUUCAGUUGGUUCAGCACACGUGGAGCUCCGACCAUCUUCACUUUCCACAGGCCGCGAGCGAAUCCAGUGACCAAACACCAACCGUGGACUCUGUCUGUGGGGUCUUUGUUAUGACAGCAAACCCAAAUCUAUCAUCACAGACUACCAGCCUAUGAGCUGAUGCUUGAAGGAACGUGUUUACAUAUCUUAGGGCCACAUGAGUACAUAUGAAAUUACAUGUAUCGCCAAAUUAAUCCCUAAAUUGUAUCUGCUGAAGGGGAAAAGAAAAGGGCUUUGUUGAUUUUUUUGGACAUGGCAUUUAUUUGCGAUUUCUGCAUCCCACACAUGGAGAAAAAUUCCAGACGCAAAGAAAACAAACGUGAGUGAAUGAAUCUGUGGGUUUUAUUGUACCAGAAACUCUAAUGUACACCACAGCUGUUCUGCAGAGAAAGUUCAUUCAAACCUCCUCCCCCUCUGUCUCUGCUCGCCUUUCUGUCCUACUCCCUCCGUCUCAUUGAUGUUUUGGACGGUGAGGCAGGGAUCCCUGCCUUUUGUAGUUUUAGAGAGGACUCGGUGGAGGUCAGGGGGUGACUUUAGGGAAAGUGACAGAUGAGAGAGCAGUAGAAGAGGGCGGUGGCGGAGAAGUAUCUUUAAAGGGGAGGGGAUAGGCAAGAUCGAUCACAGGCUGAAAACCCUUUAAAGAUCCUCUCCCAGCGAGAGAAAGCCACCGGGUCACAAGUCAUGACCGAGAGACACUUGAGAAACCGACAGACCAAGAGAGUUUAGACUAAAGACAGCCAUUCUCCCAGCUGACCAGAAGUGCAAUAUCAUGUAUCUUAAGAGUCAACCUCACCAUUCAAACAAUAAAAAGAAAACGUGCCUCUGAAAGUCUUACAAAACCCUUUGGAUUUAAACUCUGGAUCUAGUUUGGGACUUAAAGGAGCAACACAUGUGCCUUUGAAGGCUUUUGGGUCCAAAACAAAUAGGAAACAUUGUUAAAAUUGCUGUACUAGCACACAUGUCAUGGGGAAAAGAAUGAAUGAAGGGAAUGCCAACGUAAACAGCCAAUUACCAGGAAUGACAAAGCCAAAAUUGUAUUUUAUUUUGUUGUGUUGCUUGGGACCUUUUUUUUUGUUUCCAUUUUGCAUAAGCAGGAAAUAUUGAUUAGGUGUCUAAUGCAUUCCGGACAUAUUUAUUGUCACAAGUGUAAUUGUAAACCUUUCCACAUUGUACAAGUGAUGGGUGUGAUAGAAACAAGAAUACUUUAUCGAUCUAAUUCAGAAUAACAGGUUGCCUUCAUACAAGCACCCUGUUGUUCUGUACAUCUGUCUAUGUUAGAAUGAACCAGUCCUUUCAGUCCUUUGAUAUAUUUUUUUGUAUUAUCUGACAAAGCGAUAUGACAUAAUGUCAUGUGUACAAGCGCA